CGCCUCACUGCUUCAGUAGUGCUGUUUCGGCCUGUUCCGCGGCCGCUCGGUCAUUUUCGCCUCUUUGUUGUACUGAUAGUGGAUUUAACUCGGAUUCAACCCAAUAUCCAGCGGACCGUGCUGCUCCCAAACAGGCUCCAAUGAGAGUCUCUCCAUGAUGAGGAGCUAACACUGUCGGCCGCACAACCGCAGGAAGAGACGUGGCCGCUGCACCAUCCACAGCCGACGCAUGGCGGUAUUAGGGAACCCCGACAUGCUGACGAGGAAGAUAAAGCUGUGUCACAUCAACGCCCACAUCACAUGUCGUCUGUGUGAUGGAUACCUGAUCGACGCCACCACCGUCACCGAGUGCUUACACACCUUUUGUAGAAGCUGCCUAGUGAAGUAUCUGGAAGAAAACAACACGUGCCCCACGUGUAGGAUUGUUAUUCAUCAAAGCCAUCCACUGCAGUACAUCGGCCAUGACAGAACAAUGCAAGACAUUGUCUACAAGUUGGUACCGGGACUUCAAGAGGCGGAGAUAAAGAAGCAGCGGGACUUUUAUCAGAAGUUGGGGAUGGAGGUGCCUGGAGACAUUAAAGGAGAUCUUUGCAACAUGAAGACUCAUCUAGAUCAACGCAAUGGCGACACAAAAACAGACGAGACGGCCAAUAAGGAUGCAGGAGAGGAGAAACCAGAGGAGGACAACGACUAUCACCGCAGCGAUGAGCAGGUCAGCAUCUGCUUGGAGUGCAACAGCAGCAAGCUUCGAGGUCUGAAGCGCAAAUGGAUCCGCUGUUCAGCACAAGCCACAGUCCUCCACCUCAAGAAGUUCAUCGCCAAAAAGCUUAACCUGACAUCUUUUAAUGAGCUGGACAUUUUAUGCAACGAGGAAAUCUUGGGGAAGGACCACACGUUGAAAUUUGUUGUUGUGACGAGAUGGAGAUUUAAGAAAUCCCCCCUCCUGCUCCAUUACAGACCCAAGAUGGAUCUGCUGUAGCUAAAACGGACACAACGGUUGUUUUGUUUUUUUGGGCCCAGUGGCCGCGGACUGUGCCGAAACCUUUUUAUUUAUGCAAAGACGAUCAGCCAACACCAAGCAAACACCCGACGGUAAAAGUCAACACAAGCCAGCUAAUCGGGAUUUAAAGGGCGGGGUGGGGGGGGACAACUACAAGAAAACCUGGCAACCUCCAGCACAGACUCUGCAACACUGGUGUGUUUUUAGGAACUAAAACAACCUUUUUUUUGUCCGCGACAUCCUCGAUAUGUGAACAAAACAAAAAAGAAAAAAAAAACUAAUGGAGAGAAAGCAUAUAUUUAUACUUUUGUACAGAAGAGACACAUGGAACCAAGACACUACUGGUGCUCUGUUUACACGUAAACAAGAUGUCGGGAAUCACGUGACUUUUUGAGCUUCAUGCAGAUUUCAUCCUCCCAAGACAAUGAUUGACAGGGGGGGGAGGAGGCGGGUUGUUUUUUUUUAGUUGUUUUUUAAAUAAAAAAAGGUGUUUUUUUUUCUUUCUUCAACAAAUACAGUCGACACAUCUUGGGCGCACAGAAAGUAUAUGGACAAAGUUAUAUAACAGGCAUCACUUUUAAGCUGUUUAUCAAGUAAAUUGUCAUUUUUUAAUUUUCAUUUUGUUGGCUUUGUCUAAUUUGCUAUUGGGUUCUUGAUGAUUGUCAAUUGUGAAUAGGCUAAAAAAAUUUGUGUAGUAAUUUAUGUUCUAUAUACCAAUAUUGUACAUAAAAUGUCAUUACAUAGAGAGAGAGAGAGACUGAAGAGAGUAAGAGAGACUUUAGACUGUUAAAGAAAACAGAGUGGAUCCCAGAAGUGCUAUCUAUAUGUUGGGCGAUAAAUUAGGAUUUUUAAGACAGACUCACUAUCGGUAUCAAAGUAUAUAGAUGCAUCUUUAUGUUGUCUGAGAAGACACGAAACAAAUAUAUCAAAUCCUCUGCCAUGUGUGUGUAUGUGGGGUCUGAGUAAGUUACAUUGCUCUCAUAGCAUUACCUGAAGAAGAAAGCUUCAAACGUAUCCCCCCCCCCCCUGCUCCUCAUCUCACCUACCUUCCUGUCAUCGUCUAAAAUCCAUCCUUGUGUUCCUGCAGACGCCGUUUGCCCCCUCAACACCAUUUCAUUUUCCAAAACGUCUCUCAAAGCUGCAAUAGAAAACGAUUUCCCCCCCCCCCCCCUUGUAAAAAUACAUAGCAGUCUCCCAACAGCCUGCAUCAGAGGAGAGCAUAUUAUCCCAUUUACCCAAAAAUAAAUGGUGUGAAGUGACAUUUUCUCGCCCACAGGAAGUGAAUGACAUUUAGGAGCAAAAUAUAGCAGUUUGAAGUAUCAGACCGGUCGCAGUGCAGAUUACUGACGUCACACCGUCGUGUUUAUGGGGUUUAGUUUUCACUUUCUUCUCACUGCCAGUUGGGAGUUGCAGAUGUGCAAAGUUGCACCGCGUUUCAGAACGUUUCUGGAUUGUUUUGUCACACAAUGAGUAUAAAACGUGUUUGUUUCUUUGUGUUGCAGGAUAGCCAGUGUUCAAUAUUGUUGACUUCACACGACACAAAUUUCUGAGUAUUUUUGAGAACUCGCAAAAUUCAGGUUUCGCAGGUUUUUUGAGCAUUUUGAUAAUGAAAUUCUGAAUAAAAUGACUACUGUUCGGUCAUUUGGUGCUUAUAAAUGUGUGUUUCUAAUCUUGAGGAGGAUUGUUCCUCAGGACACGGCAAACAAAUGUUCUGUUUAACUACAAAAAAAUGUCUUUACUCACAGCAUUCAACUGCUGAACUGUUAACGUGACCACAACUGGAUCCCUUAACGCCACGUCAGACCUCAAGUAGUAUUACCUCACUGACCUGUCUGUAUGGAAACAAGUUAUUCACCCUCUGCAUCAUCAAGCCGUGUUGUCUGUUCACAUGCAGGGUUCCUAUGCAUCAUCAGGCUCCACAAGUCUGCAAAAAUCUAUUAUUUUGACAUCUUCCUUGAGAUUGAAGCUCCAGUCUGAACGGGCCGAUGCACAGACAUCCUCCGAUCAUUCCCAGUAUUGUGAUAUUUGCAGUUUUGUAUCGUGAUCUUCAGGCAAAGUCAGAUUCUUCUCAUCCAUCAUUGUAUAUCUAUCAUAAUGUUUAAUUCCAACAUCUGGAGACGUGCAUAGGAACUCUGCUUCACAAGGACCUUUGACGUGUUACAGGAGGUUUUUAUAGCCGACAGGUCUGUAACGAACCAGCUCAACCAAAACUCCUCCAGCAGUCUGUGAUCUCUGCGUGUUUCAGUCCUUAUGGUAACCUUUAUGUUUCACGGCCCUUAAUCCAAUGUAAAGCGUUCAUUGUUUUUGGUUUUUACUUUGGUACAUACAAUCAUACAUAGUAUGGGUUUGAAAAGGUUGAAAUGCAAAAUGAGUCCAAGUGAAAAUCUGAUUUAUUUUCAUUUGCAGCACAAACAUUCUGCAUUUUGAAUUGACUUUUGAGUCUUGUGAUUGUUCUCUGUGCACCUUGUGAUUGUUAUCCUCUGUGCACCUUGUGAUUGUUCUCCUGCAACACCUCGAGAAGUAGAAACAGACCAAACUAAAUCUUUACAUUUGAUGUAUUCUUUAAAAGGAUUAAAAACCAAAAACAAUGAUCCUUACGGGCCUGUCAGCUCCUGCAAGAGUGUUGUGUUAGAACUUGUUGAAAAUCCUUGAGUGCGCUGCUGUGUCUCUGUCGGUGCAGACUUGCUGUUCUAAAGGCUCGUACGCAGGUUGUUUCUGAGGUCGACGUCACCGUGAUCUGGUUUGCUAUUUUACAUUUACCAGCCAUCACAUGUUAAUGUUAUUCCUCCAGUCAGCUGUCUGUCACUCGUCUUUGCUCCUCAAGAGUCCUCGUCGUGUUCUCGUGCCGUCACCUCACGGUCCUCCGGUCUGUCGAUUGAUACAAUCUCUUUCCUGUACAGAAGCUUUUUCCUCAGGUGAUUAAGCUGCAAAGCGCCCAACACACGGUGCUACUGACGAUGACUUCAAACAGGAACGUCGUCUAAACUCACAUUUCUGUAUUCUGUAGAACACGGCGCACACUGUUGUACUGUGUGGAAGGACUGGCAUUGAAACAAAGGUUACAUGUCUGUAAGUUCAUUUUUUAAUCCUUGUCGUCACACUGCUGCACCUUUGUGUGCAAAACCUUUUCGUGUUUUCACAUCAGAACGGGUUUGUUUUCUGAAUCUCAGAUCUUAUGAGUAUAAACAUGUUACCUACAUGGUGAUGGUGACAGAUGUGCACACGCAUACUUCUGCACAACUGAUCUCGCUGCACUUAAGAUUGAUUUCACAGCCUGCGGUUUCUCUAGUUUCUCUACCUUCACACACAAACAUCUGGUGUGAGAAACGUUGAGCGCCGUGUGGACGAAGAUCCUUUCACUUUGUGAGUAUUGUUCAAAGAGUCCUGUGAUGUGUGACGGAUGGGGAAAGGACGGAGUCUUUGCCACAGUGACUGGUCAGCACUCUCUCUGGCGCCGGUGCUUCCUCUGGUGCUAACAACUCCUCGUUGGAGAACGAUUCAGUCGGAGACGGACGAGCACUGUGCUGCUGAGAUCUCCCGUCGCCUUUUUUCACACGUCUUUGCACUGAACUCGCUCGUACUCGAGUCUUUUCUCGUCGGAGCCGUCUCGCUGCGCAGGCACUGAAGGUGCUGCCUUUUUUCACCACUUUUUUAAUGAGUUGUUGGGUUUGGUUUAUCCUCAUGCCUGGGCUUGUAUUGGACAGAGUCCGACUGUGAUGGGACUGAUUCUGUGAGGAAGUAGGUGUGAAAGUGACCGCUCUGCUGAGAUGUUUGCACCUCCUGAGAUUCAGAUUGAGCUUUAAAAAAAACCCACAUAAAGUUGAUUUAGUUUCUCUUGACCUUCCCCAGUGUGCGUUUGAAUACUGCCGGCUGCAUCUUCCACCCGCCCCACGCACCAGAGUGGAUCGAUGUUGGCGCUCUCUUUAUCAGCACCAACAUUGAGACAUCAGAGCCGCUACGCUUGACAGCCAAACUAAGAGGCUUACAGGCGGCUCGCUGCAGAUGGGGCCCAGGGUGGAGCGAGGCCCUGAGCUGUCAGAGCUUCAGCUCUUGACCUCAUCUUCUCUGCUUUGACCUUGAACACCUGUCAGCCCGUUCGUUAUCUCCUGCUGCGACCUGUAAGAGCUGCGUGAAGUUUUGAUUAGAGGUUGUUUUGACUGUCGGGACCAGCACCCCCCACCACCACCACGGUGUGAAGACGAGUAAACAAUUUCCUCUUCUUUGUAAACCGUCUCUGCAGGCGUAGCAGUUCAAGCUCUUCUACGUUCACGCCUCUGUAAUAAGUGUCCACUCUGGGAGGGGGUCGUCUGUCACUCUCCCUUGUUUCUGAGUCGUGUUUAAAGCUCAUAAAUCUCAGUGUGUGUGUGUGUGUGUGUGUGUGUGUGUGGAGAGACCUGGAGGGUCACUAAGAUAUCUGGCCGGGAUGGCUCUGCACUGCACCUCUGCAGCUGAUGCCGGCUCUGAGAGGCGGCCCCCCCAUGGUGGUUAAAUGAUGGAUUGUUUUACAUCUUCAGCAUCGUGAGUUUAGCUUUCAGAGAUAGUUCCCUGACGGUCGGACCAGAGGACUCCCCUUGACUUGUGUACGAGUGCUAGAUUGAGAUUGUUGGUUUCAGUAAUUCCCUAAUAAGUUGUGAAAUGGGUCAACAGGUACCAAAGCUCUCAGUGGCAUGCCCCCAUGAGCCAUAGCAGAUGUCGUCAAUCAAAUCUGUCCAAUUUCUUUUUUUUAUUGUUAUUUAUUUAUGUUGAAAAAGUGACUUCUGCAGUAGUUUUUUUAAUUUUUUGAAAAGAGAUUUGCUCUCAACUUUGUGCGUCUCUCGUUUUCUUGUGUGGAACCGAACUCAUAAAAUGGCUUAAAUUAAUGAUUUGCAAUUGAAUUCCCUUUUUGUAUUAUUCCAGGUGUGUUGAUGUCCACACACAUGAGGUGUCUUCUUUUUUUUAGGUCAAGCGCAGACAAAAACUAAAUUAUGUGAAUCUGGCAGUGCGGUUGUUGAAGACGUGCAAUAUACGCUUCUCAGAUGGUUCCAGGACUUUUUGCUGUUUUUUCAUUUUUCCAGUCAGUUCCUCAGGUCACUAAAUGCCUUCUGGUCCUGAGGGGGACCAGGAACUCUCAGAACAUACACUAAUGCACCCGAAAUACAAAGCGACUGGAUAUUAUUUAAGUCUUGUCUCUCUCUCUUUUCUUUCUCCCUUUUUUUUCUGUGACAAUUUCCUCAGACUGUUUUUUUUUGUUUUGUUUUUCAGGUUAACGCAGGCACUUAUUCAGGUGUCCUUUUCCUUGCCUCCUUUUGUAUUAUUGUUAUUUAUUGCACAUGUAAUGAACUGGUUUCCAUUGCCACAUUGAAUUCAAGGAGUUUUGGGUCUAGAAUGGGGCUGGAAUUUCUUACGUACAAAACUACAGAAGCUUUUGUCAAAACCUAAGUGUGUAUUUCAUCAAUAAAUGCCUUUAAAAGUGUCCGUCA